AACAUUAUCCAGACGAUCCAGCCGGCACAAGCCACCAGGCUCUUGGAGGCGCUCAAGGAGGAGCUAGCCAAGGCCAAGGCUGCGGGACCAGACACGGCCAGGGCAAGACAGCAUUACGCCCGGGCCGAACAAAUCAAGCAGGUGCUUGUGAAUUACCGCCAGCAGCAGCAACAAAGACAGGCGGCCGCGGCUCGUGCAAACACCACGGGCGCCAGCACCGCCGGCUCGCGCCCAGGCGCGACCGGGUUUGCGUCGGGCGCGAACACCGUGGGCAACACGGGCGCCAUCGGGGGGCCUGCGGGCGGAUUGGGCCAGAACACCGGGGCCUCGGCUCCUGGGGCUGGCACCAUAGCUUCACAGCAGCAACAGCAACAGCAACAGCAACAGAGAUCCGGCAUAUACGCGUCUUCCCAGAUGCCCGGCGGGCUUUCCGACGCCGGCGCCUCGCAGCAGAGACCGCCGUCCGUGGCGCCCGGGGUCACGACCGAGAAGUACAACCAGGUGCGCACCCGGCUCCAGGACUUGGAGCGCAAGAUCCGCACACUCGAGGCCGGCAAGCGCCCGGACAUGGGCGCGGACGAAAACACGCAGUUUGACAACCAGCUCCGCGAGCUCAAGUUGAAGUACGCCCAGUACUCGAAGUUUGCCUUGUACAUGAAGAACCAGUUGCUAGAACAGGCCCGUUCCGGCGCGGCCACGGCCCCCAUGGGCACGAGCCCGGCGGGCACCAAGCCCGGCACCCCCGCCGUGCCGCCGGCCGCUCACACGGCCCAUUCCGCGGGCACCCCGGGCCAGUCCAUGCACACGCCAGCAGACCACAGCCAGGCGGCGGACCAUGCGGCCAAGUCCGCCAGCGCCGGUGCAGCACCGGGCGUGAAAGCUGCCAGCAGAGGGCCGUCGCCCUCCGCGAAGGAGCCCUCCGUGCCGGGCGUCAACCUCUCUCUGAUCACCAAGCCAAGCGUGCCGUCCAUUCCAAUUUCCAGCACCAUCAAUGUGAAGCCGCACAACCCCAUCACGUUGAAGCCGGGCGCCAACAACGUCAGGCCAACGUUGACCGCGGGCGGCUCCUCGGGCUUGGGGCAGGUGGUCAACUCGCCUGCGAUGAUGCGAAUGCCCACGUUCGACAUGGCGUCCACUGGCCCCAUCCAGGACAACGGUGGCCGCGUCUUGACGAAGAGAAAGUUGACGGAGCUUGUCAACACCAUAGGCGCGGACGAGGGUGACGGGAAGACCACCAUUGACGGCGACGUCGAAGAGUUGCUCCUAGACCUUGCAGAUGAGUUUGUCAGUUCCGUCACGACCUUCGCUUGCAGGUUGGCCAAGCACAGAAAGACCGACGCAAUCGACGUGCGCGAUGUCCAGCUCCACCUCGAGAGAAACUGGAACAUCCGCAUUCCGGGCCACGCCAUGGACGAGAUCCGCAGCAUGCGCAAGUGGCAGCCAAACUCUUCAUACACACAGAAGGUGUCCGGCGUGGAUAUAGUCAAAGCUGUCAACGGACCGCUAAACUGA